AUGUUAAUUUCUUAGCAUAUCUAUGAUUAUGAAAUAAUUUUGAAAAAUCAAUCUUAUGUAGCUUUGAACAAUCCCAAUAAAUAAAUUAAAUGCAUUAUUCUUACUUUCAGCAAGGAGGUCAUGGGAAUUAGUGAAUCAUUAUAGGAUGAUAAAUAAAUAGGGGAUCAUGAAUCCCAAGUGAAUAGCAAUUCAGAAAAGAUGUUUACUCAGCUUAAUUACCUAAAAAAUAAAAAGAAAAAUAAGCUGUUCUGA